AUGAACUCAGCCCUCUGCCUCACUGAACUUUUAGGGCUAUGUCUUUCUUUUACAGGCUAUAUCUGCUGUCUGGUGAGUUUAUUCAUACCUCAAUGGUUGACAUUCUCAUCGGGUAUGUUGGUGAAUGAAAGUUAUCUCUUGGGUUUAUGGCAUAUCUGUGUCUCUCAAGAUGUGGGCUCAAGUGUGUGUCAAGAACAUGGUACGCUCCUUGAACUUCCUCUUCAUAUCCAGAUGACCCGUAUUCUUGUGUGUCUUUCAGUGUUAACUGGAACGUUGGGAUUUAUGGUUUCCACACCUGCAUUAACUUGUGUAAAAUGUCUUGAUAAUAGUAAACACUAUGUAAAAAGAGUCAUUAGCAUUGUUGGAGGAUCCCUCUUUAUUCUUGCUGGGGCUAUGAUUUUUUGCCCAGUAUCUUACUUUGCUCAUGAUGUUAUGCAAAAUUUUUGGGACAUCACGCUACCCAAAGACUUCCCCCGGUGGGAAUAUGGAAAUGCUAUGUUCUCUGGCUGGGUUGGUGGAAUCCUUUUUGUAGCUGGAGGAAUAAUACUUAUUAUUUCACAAAUUUUCAUUAAUUCAGAGUCAAGGCUACAAAGAAACCAACCAAUAGAAAGAAACCAUGCAUCUUUUCAAAUGGAAUAUGUAUAACCUUAUACUGAAUGCACAAUACUUCAUUCCAGUAGAGGACAAAGAUUUCAACCUAAAACUGUUUUAUAUCUAAUUUAUGAUUACAACCAAUGUUUUGUGUCUUUGUUUCUUAGCAAAUUAUAGGCUACUUUUUAAUGGAGAAUUUACCUACACACGUCACAUAUGCCAAUAAAGCUAUAAAUAGGGUUGCUGCUUUUUCACAUGUGUGUUUAAUAUUUUAUAAUAAAGGCUAUGCUGAAAACAAAA